AUGAUGGAACCCUCUGAGAUAUCUGAGGACAAUUCAUCCGAGCUGUGCAAAAAUGUGUUUUGUAACCCUGCUUUUGAACCGGAGAACGAUCGCGAUGAGGUAAAAGACAGCUUUAAAGUAGAUGUUCCCCCACAGCCUAGCAAGGGACCGUCCACGCGGCGAGGAGUGUUGAGUCUUUGUGUGGUACGUUUGAGGGGUUCUUGGUGUGGCUGGAGUGCAGUGGUGGUGUCAGCAGCUGUACUGCUACUGGUGACAGCCCUGGGCCUUACACUGGCGCUCACUCUUACACAGUUGAACAGUGAGAGUACUGAGGGAGGGAUGCCAUCACCCUUAGACUCUUGGAAUGGAGAUGGAGUACCUCACAGCCUCCACCCAUUGCAUAGUACUGUGGUUCCCCAGCCCGAAAGAGAGCCCACCUCUCCUACAAAAUGUGGUGGUGUCUUGACUGAUACAGAGGGAACACUAAGCUCCCCCAACCAUCCCGGUCUGUACCCGCCAGAUUCUGUUUGUGUGUGGGUGAUUAGUGUGCCUCCCCCCUCCCUAGUCCAGAUCCAUGUGUCCUCCCUGGGCAUUGAGGGACCUUCCCCCUGCCUCUUUGACUGGCUGGAGGUCAGAGAAGAGGCGGAGCAGAUGUCCACUAGGUUCUGUGGCAAUGUGGCGCCACCUACAGUCAACACAAACAGCAGUGUUGUGUGGAUUACAUUCCAUUCUGAUGCGAGCAUCGGGGGAAAUGGCUUCUCUGCUCAAUACACUGCCAUUUCUCCAGGACAGAAAAGCUGCACCAGAGAAGAGUUUAUGUGUGACAGUGGUCGUUGCUUGUUGCCUGUGUCUGUCUGCGACGGACAACCAAACUGCCAGGACCACACUGAUGAAGCCAACUGCAGCCACAAACACAAGGAGUGUGGUGGUCAAAAGCGUGGACCACAUGGUUCAUUCUCCAGUCCAAAUCAUCCAAAGCCAUAUCCCCAUCAACAGCUGUGUAAGUGGCACAUAUCAGUGGAAGAGGGUUACGUGAUUAAGCUGAGUUUCCAAAACUUCAGCCUGGAGACACAAGACGUGUGUGAAUUUGACUAUGUUGAGGUGCAUGAUAGUGGAGACACUGGAGAUGGCAGCGUUCUGGGAAGGUACUGUGGCUCUGGUCUCCCUCCUGAUCUGACAUCUUCUGGACCUAUAAUGACUGUACUCUUCGUGGCUGAUGAGGGUGUGGCCGACAGUGGAUUUUUUGCCUCCUACCAGGCCAUCUCCAUCUUGGAUAGGACUUGCAGCCCUACGCAGUUUGCUUGUGGCAGUGGGGAAUGUGUGAACCAGGACUGGCUGUGUGAUGGAUGGAAUGACUGCGCAGAUGGAGCAGAUGAGCAUGACUGCAGCAACUCCACUUACCCUCCUUUCACUUCAUCCUGUGAGCCCAUCCAUGUGGACAUGUGUCAGGGUCUGAGUUAUAACCUCACCUCAUUCCCCAACAUUUGGCUCUCCAUUGCCGACCAGAGAGAGGCUGCCUCUAUGCUAAGCCAAUACAAAGUGCUCAUGGACCUGGCUUGCUUUGAGCCGUUGCGCAGGCUAGUGUGUGGCAUUUUUGUGCCGCAGUGCAGCCCUCAGGGUGGAGUGCUGCAGCCAUGCAGGUCCAUCUGUUCCUCGGCAGAGCAACAGUGCAGUCAGGCUCUGGACCUCUUCAGCCUCAGCUGGCCUUUCAACUGCCACUUACUGCCUGACACCCAGGACCCAAUGGAGUGCUCGCUUCCCUAA